CGCGGUUCUCCAUGCCGCCAUGUAGCCUGUCCGCCAUUACCGCUAUCUGCACUCUUCCGCCAUCUUCUUCUCCUCUUCCGUUGAGCUCCGAAGAUUCGCAGUUUGCGUAAUUACUUCGGAAUUUGUCAACGAAGUUCGGCUCCUUCUAAAAUUCACGACGAGGACAGCGUAACGUACGAAAAGAGAAGAUGAGCUAUGGUAGACCGCCGCCCCGUAUCGAUGGUAUGGUUUCUCUGAAAGUCGACAAUCUCACGUAUCGGACGACGCCGGAAGAUCUAAGGCGUGUGUUUGAGAGAUGCGGCGAAGUCGGUGAUAUUUACAUCCCCCGAGAUCGCUUUACGCGCGAGAGUCGUGGCUUCGCGUUUGUCAGAUUUUAUGAUAAGCGUGAUGCUGAAGAUGCAUUAGAUGCUAUGGAUGGAAGACUGUUGGAUGGUAGGGAACUUCGUGUUCAAAUGGCACGUUAUGGACGUCCUACAUCACCACAUCGAAGUCGCGGAAGUCGCCGUCGUGGAAGAUAUGUUUACAGAUCGCGAAGUAGAAGUAGAGAGCGACGACGUUCCCGAUCUCGGUCUCGUAGUAGGUCACGUAGCCGCGAUAGAGAUCGCAGACGUUCUUAUACCCGAAGCCGAAGCCGCUCUCGUUCCGACAGUAAGAGCUCGCGCGGAAAAUCACGCUCUCGCAGCAAAUCUCAAGACAGGCAAAAAGACAGUCGUUCCAAAUCAAGGGACUGAAGUUAUCGAAAAAAGUAACGAGAUAAGAAUGAGCGCGAGCGUCCAACGAAUGCCGAAUAAUCUAUGUUGAGAUUGCAAAAGGUAUUCCAUCAUACUCUAUAGCAACACUGUCGCACGCUUCUUCACGUUCUUCUAUCAUUUAAAUACAUACAUAUUAUAUACAUACAUAUAUUUGAAUUAAUAUUACGCGUCUUCCUCCUCUUUCGGAGGCCGAUUAGUUUCUCUAUAAUACAUAUAUUCUUUUUCUGCGUACUUCUUAAUUCGCGUUAAUAACAUUUUGGUUGUGCAACGACUGAAUUAAUGUUGUUUCCGUCUUACAAUCAGAUAAAUUCUUUAGAAUCUUGUUAGUAUGAUCUAUCUUUGGACCAUACUAUUUGGUGUAAUCAAUUCUUGUUGAUAAAUAGUAUCAUAUAACAUUUGUGUAUUACGUUUCAUAAGAUCCUCAAGGUGACAUGUACCAUUCAUAUAUAUUUUUCACCGACAAAUAGAAUAAUAUUACGAAAUGGAAGUAAAUAGCUUUCCUUACUAUGUUUUAUUCUUCUAAAUCAUAUGGAUUGUCUGCCGUGCAAUGUUGGCAAAGCUUAGUACACGCUUGCAAACAUUGGUGACAAACAUUGGUCAUGAAUAACAUUUAUUCAAAACUUCUACAGGUAGGAAAUAAAAAAUGUGUAAAAUUUCACGAUCAAUAUAGGUAUGUGUCUCUAUUACACAGGUAUUUCUUCUUAAACUUAUUGUGAUCUUUGAAAUUCAUAUUUUAUCUAAUUCAUAAAGAUUUGAUAUAUUUUAACCUGUAAAAGGAUAUUAUGAUGCAUGUAGAUAUCAGAUGACAUUUCAAAAGUUUAUUAGUUUAUUCGGCAUACGUGAUACAAUUUUGAGCUGCAUCAUACUUAGCCACUUUGUCAUCCAAUUUUAUUAGAUAAAUUGUUAAUUUUCAAGCUCAAUGCAAAAACGGUAAAAUUCAAAUCUUUUAUAUACUGUUGUUGGGAAACAGCAAUAAACGAAACAAUAAUUGCUAUAUUGGAAUAUGUGCAAACAUACCAAACUAUUUCUGCGAUAUUCUCUUCGUUUAUCGAAGGUGUUUGCCAACAAUGUGUGUUUAAAUGUGUGUACUGGGUUCAAGGGAAGCCCUUUAUCCUUCCUGAGAAUGAAUUCAAAGUUUUAGGUUUUCUCUCACGCACGACAAUACAUUUCUAGAGAUAAGUUUGCGUUGAUAGGCAAUCGCUCAUGUAAGUCCGCACACCGUAGAUUCAUUUGUAAUAAAGCGCAGUGAGUUGCAGAAGA